AUGCCCAUGGCUGUCCAUGUCCACCCCCACCCCCAAAACCAACCAACCGUCCACCCCAACGGUCAUGGUCACUGCCACGGCCACGGCCAUGCUCAAGGCCACUCCAACGACCAUGCCCAAGGCCCACCCACCAUCCCACCCCAAUACCUGGCCCACAUCCACACCGAGGUCCAAGUCGGAUCCCGCUGCCCGGUCCGCGUUGUCCAACACCACACCAAAGGGAAAUGGAAGUACGCCCUUGUCGUCGUGACUGAACCCCACGACCUCCGGUGGAAUGAGGUGGGGAUCAAGCUGAGCCUAGAGUUUGAUUCCUUCCACCGAAUUCUGCGCACGAGGAAGGGCCCCAUCUUCUACGCCCGAGAUGAGGACUACCGCGGCUCGGUCGUGGCGGGCAGCCUGAACCCUGUUGAACUCGCGCACUUCUACCGGUUCGCGCUGGACACCGACUGGCCCCUGCGCAUCGACAAAAGCAAACGCGUGACGACGCUGAACUGGAUCUCCGACGUUCUCGUUUACUUCAACGAGCGGCGGUUCGAUAUCCGGCCUUGGACGGAGACGGACUUGGACCAGAUGCUGAAGCCGGUGGCCAAGACCUGGCAGAGGGGGAGCGACUGCUGA